UCUCUCUCCCCCUCCCUCCCACCACCAGCAGCAGCAGCACCGAAUGCGAUCCGCCAUGUGCCCGCCACCAGAUCCGAUCGAGCCCUCCUCCUCGUCGCCGUCGCCGUCGCUGUCGCCGGCGAUGGACUCCGUUCUCCCGGCCGCCAUCAUCGCCACCAUCCUCUCCCGCCUCGACGUCCGCUCCCUCGUCGCCGCCUCCGCCGCCUGCCGCUGCCUCCGCUCCUGCGCCUCCCACGCCCUCACCUUCCUCCCCUCCUUCCACCUCCUCGAGGUGGCGCUGACGCACCAGCUGCUCCGCCCGCUGAUGCCGCCGAACCCGAGCCUGCGGAGCAUCCGCCUCGACUGCGGCAAACUCGAGGACGCCGCCAUCGACUGCCUUACCCGCCCGGACCUGCAUGAGAUAGUGCUUCUCAACUGCGAUAACAUAAGCGGCCGCCUGCUCCGCGAGGUUGGAGCCACCUGCCAAGACCUCAGGGUGCUUUCUCUGAACAACCUUGCUGAGCGCAGGGGCCUUCCGAUAAGCUUCUCUGAUCUGCAGCAAUUGCUUAAUGGCUGUUCUCAGUUGGAGUCUCUCAGGUUGGCCCUUGAUUUCUCAAUGUUUGAUGACCCCAAUUUUAGCAACAUGUGGGCAUCUGCUUCGGAAGCCCUGACCUCUCUAGAAAUUGGAUAUAUUCCAAUGACAAUGUUGCUUGAACUUCUUACUGUGGCUAUGGGUUCACAACAAUGCAUGCACCGUGUCAAGGAACCAAUCUUCUUUCCUAGCCUCCAAAAGCUAUGCCUCACAGUGGACUUCAUUACUGACCAUUUGAUUGGCUCCAUAUCAACGGCGCUUCCAUCAUUGACACAUCUUGACCUGCAGGAUGCACCUAUAAUAGAACCUACAACAUCAUCGGAUCUCACCAAUGCCGGUCUUCAGCAGAUUAAUCCAAAUGGUAAGCUGAAGCAUAUUUCUCUCAUGAGAAGUCAGGAAUUCUUAUUCACCUCUUUCCGCCGAGUAAACGAUCUUGGAAUCCUGCUAAUGGCUGAAAAGUGCUCAAACCUUGAGAGUGUCUGUCUUGGUGGUUUCUCCCGUGUGACAGACACUGGUUUUAGGGCUAUCAUCCACUCUUGUUCUGGCCUUCAUAAGCUUAGGGUGUCACAUGGAAGCCAGCUCACAGAUCUUGUUUUCCAUGACAUAAUUGCCACUUCCCUUUGCCUGACACAUGUUAGCUUGAGGUGGUGUAAUCUCCUAACUGAUGUUGGGAUUGAGAGGUUGUCAUUCAACAAGGAUCUCAAUGUAUUAGAUCUCAGGGACUGCAGGAGUCUAGGUGAUGACGCUGUUAGAUCUCUAAGCUGCCUUCCCAAAUUGCAGAUUUUAUUGUUGGAUGGAACUGAUAUCAGUGAUCAGGCACUGAAGUAUCUGGGCCUUGGAACAUGUCCGCUAGCUUCCUUAUCUCUGAGGGGUUGCCGAAAGCUAACAAAUGAUUGCAUACCAUUGCUGUUUGCUGGCUCUGUUAAACAGAGCUUACAGGUGUUGGAUCUCUCUAGAAUACCAGGUAUCACUGAUGAUGGUAUCAUGUUAUUGGCAAGGAGCAGGACUCCUAUAAUUGAGCUCCGAAUGAGAGAGAACCCAAAAAUAGGAGAUGCUGCUGUGAUGGCUCUUGCGUCUAUGCUAGUUGAUGGUGGAACCCAUGGAAGUAGCUUGCAGCUGCUGGAUCUUUACGACUGUGGUGGAAUUACACCACUUGCAAUCCGGUGGUUUAAGAAGCCAUAUUUCCCAAGACUGCGAUGGCUAGGAGUAACAGGCAGCUUGAACAGGGUCAUGGUGGAUGCCCUCGUUCGAAGCCGUCCUUUCUUACAUAUGGCUUGCCGUGGUGAAGAAUUGGGGACUUUAUAUUGGGACAGAUCCUCCGAUUGGUAUCGGCAUGAUGAUGACGAUCUUGAUGAACUUGAACAGUGGCUUUUGAAUGGUGAACCUAUAUCUGACACGGAAACCUUGGCCGAAGAAUAAAACAACAUGGUAACGGGUAACCUAUUGGCUGUUGCCUCCAUUAUAAGGUUUCUUGCCCCACAAUGAUCUCCAUGUUCAUCUUGACGAGCUUGUACAGUGGCCUUUGAAUGGUGAACCUAUAUCUGACACGGAAACCUUGGCCGUAGAAUAAAACAA